AUGCAAAGUUUACAGGUUUUGUUUCAUCUGAUGCAUCGUGAUGCCUCAGUGGACUGCCGAAGGAAGGCUCUUGAGGUUUUGGAUAUUAUACUCACAAAUAUCAUUGAAAAUCCCUCGGAAAGUAAAUACAGGAGAGUCAAUAUAACUUCUUUGCGGUGGACAAGUUGUGUCGCACCGGCAUUCAACCUGUUUAACCUCAUUGAGUGGCUCGUGAAAAUCGGUUUUGAACACGAUACCGAAAAUUCAAUAUUACUUUUUAAAAGUAAUGAUCUGGAUUAUAUAAAAAAUGUUUUGAAAGAAUUGCGUAUCCUUUUGCGGGUGCAUACUCCUACAGUUGCUCUUACUCCAGAAAAUAAUGAUGAGAGAAAUCAAGAGGGUAGAAAGUUUUUGCCACUUCUGCGUUUUUUAGUUGGACUCACAGAUGGUAGUGAUUUGGAGAAUGAUGCUAUCACGCAAGACUUGACUGAUUCAAGGGUUUACCUUACUGAUGAAGUGUGGGAAAAUGUAAAGGACACUUUGCGCCUUACGGCAUUGUAUACUGAGUGUGAAAAGGAAGAUGAGAUGAAACAUGAUCCAGUGAGAAUGUUCCAGCCACAAUUUCCACUAAAUAAGUCUAUAGUCUGGGAAUCACUGUUACAAAUCGUUCGCAGGUUAACUUUUUCUAGGGUUGAGGAAGAUCUUGCUGUGAUAGAUGCAGAGCGAGCUAGUAUGGAAGAAAUAAAUGCAAAAGACAUUUCUAGUGAUGAGAUUUACUUAAGAGACACGGCUCGAAAACGAGUUGCUGAAAGGCAUAAAAGAGCUUUUUCCCAUCGUGAUGAGAACUCGGCAAAGAUUCACGCAGAAGUACGACUUGUUGGUACACGUCUUAUUGCAGACAUUGCGUCAUGUAUAGAACAAAUUGCUGCACUAGAGGGAGUGGAAGGAAUAGUGCGAAAGGACCGGCUGGAGGCCCAAAAACUUCUUGAAAAGUUUAACAAGGAUGGUGAUAUUGAGUAUUUGCAUUUAUUAAAAGAUGAAUGGACAAAACAGUUAGAGUCCACAAAGGAAAAACAUGGUAAACAGUUUGUUUACUUGUAG